AUGUUUUACGACAUGGGCCUCUACAACCCGAAGAACAAGAAGGCGGGCUUCCUGUGUGGUCAUGUGAUCGUACAGGGAUGGCACCAUAUUUUCACUGGACCAAUAUCGGCACUCUCAAAAGACCGGACCCAUCGCUCUUCGAAGCCGACAAAAGGCAAGAUGCACAACUUGACGGAGCCAGGGCCAAUAAAUAUCAUGUAUGCGGCAAUACAGAUGUACUUUGUUGCCUGUAAUGCUGAAUCCUGGAUGUCUGAGGUUGGUUCUAUGAACCUCGAGGAGAUGUACUAUACCGCGGUCAACAUACUACUCAGAGACCACGCAGAAGAUCACGAGGCACCAGGUCUUACUCAAAACCUAUCAAAACACUGGAGAGUUGCCUUGAACUCAGCAUCCAACAGCGAAGAUGAUAUGGACGACUUUUUUGGGGAUGACAAUGUCGAACCUAGCAUGGGAGGGCCGACUAGGGACCACGAGUCAGCAGCCAGUGGUCCGACGGGUGGGAAUGCUUCAACGAGCGGUUCUAGACCCAGUUCAACAGGUGGUGCUAGCGCCAGUGCUGUACACGCGGUCAUAACGGCGGGUGGCAUGCUCGAAGGUGGAAACAGGACGAACACUGGCGAUAUUGACAGUGAAAAUGAAGGACCGAGCUCGAUAGGUGGUGCUAGCACUGCCGGACAACUCGAAGGCAGGAACAGGAACGGCAACCUUGACAACGAAGAUGAAGAGGAGCAGCAGCCCCAGCGCAGACACAGGCUUGGACAUGACCACGAUAUUCAAAGGGAGUGCUCACUAUUGACCACUCCUCCGACAUCUCCUGCACCUCCCAGCCCUGUACGCCAGCCAGCACCUUCCAGGGGUCGCGGACGCGGACGUCGAGGCAAGCGCGGCAAACAUUGA